CGUUUAUAUAUAAUUCACAUGGUUAUGUGUUUCUAUAUUUACAUUUUCACGCUUAAUGGACCCGUUUGAAAACAUAACAACGCAAAGUGUGGAAGUAGUAGAGAGAUUUUACCAGUAAUUCUUACACCUUUCACCCCUUGAUGACAAAUUCAGAUCAAACGUUCCGUAAGCAGAGACUUGAAGACGGGUCACAGGUUGAAGACUGCUAUGGUAUUGGUAACCAACCUGCCACAUUUUUAGACCUUCAUGAUGACAGCAUAUUUGAAAAUGAAUAUCACUUUCAAAACGAGGCUGUAACUAAUCAAAAGGUCGAUAGGUCAGAGGUUACAAUUUAUGACACACUUCAACGAAGAAUACGUGAACUGGAGGACACCGUGUACUUGCGGAAUAGAGAACUACAAAGGAGCAAAGUUCUUGAGAGGGAUUUUGAAGAGGCGUUGAUCACCAUUGCUAAAAGGGACGCGGAGAUUAAGCUACUACGUGACAGCAGGGAGAAGUAUUUCAAUGAGUACGUGUUUUACGAGCGUCAAGCCGCGGCGAAAACGCAGCAGUGCGAGAAUUACGAAGAACGAAUCCGUGAGUUGAAUCUUCAUCGGGUGGAGGACAUGCAGAAGAUAAGAGAGUUGGAAGAAAAUGUCAACUUUUACAAAGAGAAGUGUGAACUUGAUAUAACACAGAGAAAAGUUUUACAUGGAUUUCGUCUGGUCCAAAAACAUGAGGAAACCCCAACCGAUUCUGGCAUCGGGCAUGAACCUAAUGCAUCUCCUCCAAAAAGACGACGUCACUUCCGGAAAUCUCUGACAAGUUUACCGAAAUGUAGGAAUUGUCAAACAGUGUUUGAUCAAUUGAGACCACAUGAGAUUUCAUGCACCUUUCAUCGAGCUUCACCACAACCCCUGAAGGCUUGGAAAUCUCAAAUGAAUCUUGCUGACCUGCAACUGGACAAAAUGGACCUUAACGGCUACAUGUUUUGGCCAUGUUGUGAGAAGUACGGUCUAAAAGAACCUCCAGGCUGUCUCAAACUGAAGAGUCACGAAAUUAUCUCCCCUGAUGAAGAGUAACUAUUUACCAGUCAGUUAUGAGAUAUAUUCAGCUCAUUCUAGGUGCCAUAUAUUUAUAUUUACAAAACAUUUACAGAAAGUUCGAUUAUAAGAUGACAUUUCAAAACAGU